AGCAGUGAAAGCAGCGAAAGCAGCGAAAGCAGUGACUUUGACGACUCCCUCUUGCUCCUCCUCUCCCUCUCCCGCUGUCCCGCAGCCUCUCCCGCUCUCCCUUUCCCGCUGUCCCCUCCUCUCCCAGUCUCCCUCUCCCCCUGCAGGGCCGGGCCAUGCCCCCGACCCGCCCCCGGCCCCGGGCGGGGCUGCCCCGUCCCUGUCCCUGUCCCCGUCCCCGUCCCCGUCCCCGUCCCCGUCCCCGUCCCCGUCCCCGUCCCCGUCCCCGUUCCCGUCCCCGGCCGUCCCGCCGCGGUCUCGCCCCCGCCCGGCUCUGGCCGUGCUGGCGCUGGCGCUGCUGGGCGGGCAUCAGUGCCUGGGGCUGGGGCGGCAUCGCCGCCCUUUGGCUCCGCCUGGCCCGAGCCCGGCCCCGGCCCCGACGUGGGCUCCAGUCCCGGCCCCGGCGCCGGCUCCUCCCGGGCCCCGCGGAGGACACAGGCGGCGCGGCCGCUGCCGCCGCCUCCGCUGCGGCUUCCCCGGCCCGAGCUCCGCCGCUCGGCAGCGCGGCCGCCGGCCCCGAGCCGCCGCUGUCCCGUUGCCAGCAGAGAACGCCUGGGGAUGGCCGGCCCGGGGCGCUCGGGGGGCGCUCGGGGGCCGCUCCUGGCCCCGGGCCGAGCGCUGACAGCCGCGUCCUGCCCGCAGGGAAGGCGCAGGAGGCCCUGCAGGAGCGAUACCGGCUGGGUUCGCUGCUGGGCAGCGGCGGCUUCGGCAGCGUCUUCGCGGCCACGCGGCUCUCGGACGGCGCCCCGGUGGCCAUCAAAAGGGUGCCGCGGGAUCGCAUCCGGCACUGGGGCGAGCUGCCCGACGGCACCAGCGCACCCCUGGAGAUCGUGCUGCUGGCCAAGGUGGCCUCUGGCUGCGCUGGUGUCAUUCAGCUCCUGGAGUGGCUCCAGCUCCCCGACAGCUUCUUGCUGGUGCUGGAGCGCCCGGAGCGGUGCCAGGACCUGUCGGGUUUCCUGGCGGAGCGGAGGUUCCUGCCGGAGGAGGAGGCGCGGGGGCUGUUCCGCCAGGUGCUGGAGGCCGUGCGGCACUGCACCAGCUGCGGGGUCCUGCACAGGGACAUCAAGCCCCAGAACAUCCUGCUCGACCUGGCCACCGGGCAGCUGAAACUGAUCGACUUUGGCUGUGGCGCCUUCCUCCAAGACACAGCCUACACCCAGUUUGCAGGAACCCUGUCCUACAGCCCACCAGAGUGGAUCCACCACCGACGCUACCACGGCGAGGCAGCGACCAUCUGGUCCCUGGGCCUCCUGCUGUGCCACCUGGUCAUGGGCAAGCACCCGUUCAGGAGGGGCCAGGAGAUCAUCUGGGGGCGGAUCUUGUUCCCACGACGGCUCUCUCAAGAGUGCCAGGAUGUCAUUAAGAGGUGUUUGUCCAUGCAGCCCUUGGACAGGCCGUCCUUAGAAGAGCUUUUCCACGAUCCUUGGGUGCAGGGUGUUCCUCUGCCCUAGAGGAUGGGAGAGAUCCACGUGCACAGUUGGAUCCAGGGGCCUGGCAGGUAACAGCUCCACACAUCUCUUGGCAAUCAGUGGCAAAGCCAACCAGACAGGUUUUGUGCUGCCUGUAGCUCUGAGCAGGGGUCAGCAGAAGGGAACACGCAGCUCUGGGCUGGAGCUGAGCUGGAGAC